UGAUGAACUAGAGAUGGGGUUCAACAGGGGCCUAGCUGGGGCCGCCAGACGGGUCGCAGGUUGCGGAUAGCGAAUGACCUCUUUAGUAGAGGUUAGCUGCGAAUAAGCGUGACUUUAACCAUCCGCAAAUAAGCAGUCCCGGACAGCCAGCGGGUGCGUGGCAGUAACCACAGUACCGACAAGGCGUUUGUGUUGCCGCCUUCCCAGAAUAUAGCUUCACACACUUCGUAACUCAUCUCACACCUGGGCUGGAUUAAGGUGUCAUUCGAUCCGUGCCGAGAGUCAGCUUGGCUGGGGGCCCAGGUUUAUCAAAACUAGCCCAGUCGUGAACGGAGAGCUCAAGCUCCUGGCGACUGCUUGUUCUAUUCUAGCCUUACCCGGGUAAUGCGGAUCUCUGCUCGGGGUGACCUUUAUCUUCUCCGCAACUCGUGGGAACAAAAUGAAUUCAAAACGAAAAAAUUAUAAUAAACAGGACUUUGGUCCUCCCAAUAAAAUACCCAAAGCUACCAAAACUUUGGAUAUCAAUAACACUUUUUCCGAAAGUCCGAUUGUGAGCAGAAGACCAGAUAAUUGUACCAGAUCUAAUCCAUCUAAAGCCAGCGCAAGAAAUACUCGUAUUAGAAAGGCUAAACGAAUUUUGAAGCGUCAAGCAACCGCGCCUAUUAAAGAAGACCAGGUAUCUUCGAGUCAGGACUUUCUACGGAUUCAAGAGGAUAUCAAGUGGUCCAAAUCCUAUGAAAUCCCAAGAAAGCGAACAUUUGCUCAAAUUGCGAGAGGACGUAAGAUCAUCGGACUCCUUGACAAUGGCAAUUUUGAAGGCAAGAUCCCCCGGAACCAAUGGGAUUGGAUUCAGGCCUCCCUGGCUUCUGUUGCACUAGAAGUAUUGAGGGAAAACCCAGGACCGCCGCCGUCGUGCACGGAUGCAGGAUGGUUUCAAGGAAACAUUAAGUUAAUUGCCUGUGAUAGUGAUAGAUCGGCGCUGCUCUACAAAUGGGCGACUGCCAAGGUCGGUGAGGUGUAUCCUGGCGCACAGUUAGAGGUAGUUGAUCUAGUGGACAUACCGUCGCGACCUUGGGCAACAGCAUGGCUUCCCGAGACCCCUUCAGACUCCGUAGACAUUCUGGAGAUGCUAAGAACAUCCAACCCAGAGCUACCGAUCCAAGGCUGGAAUGUCAUCAAAGCGGACAAGUUUGAAAGGGAAAUGAUGCUAGUGAUCUUCCAAAUAAAUCACUUAUCAAUUGAACACAUAUCGAGGUGUGAUGGUCUGUUGAAUUACGGACUCGAUGAGAUUCGCAUGCAGUGCUACAGAACACCACACGAUGCUCUCUCAAACCUGGAGGCAUUAGCAGCAGCCGUUGAUCCACCCACCGAUGAUGAUGAGCUAGAGACCAACGAGUCUCAUUUAAACGAGGACUUAUCAUUCCUUUCGGACUAUGAUCUACAUAGCCUCGACUAGGAAAACUCAGUACAACUAUUUCACAGACACGUUAAAAAUAAAGUUAAUGCUAUUGAUAACCUA